GAUCGGGCUCGGACUGCCUCUAUUUUUGUUGUCAAAGACGCUUGACAGGAACUCGAGCAAUUUCAAAACAAGAGUGCUGUGAAUAAUUUUCCUUAAAUGAUGGGCACUGGAGCAAGUUCAACUGUUCCUGAAGGUGUUUCUGCCAACCCUCGUCUAGUUCACACCGACAGAUUAUCUAAACGUGACCACAAGCAAUACAAGUUGGACACCCCCGUUCUGAUAGAUGUAGAACACGGAUCAGUGAGGUACAGGUACGGCCAAUAUGACGGGGAACCUGCCGACAAAACAAGAAGAGUGGAGCGCCCAUUCAAAGGGGAAGAUAAAGUAGGCAAACAGAAUUAUUUCUACCAUGCAAGGCUCAACGACUUUAGUGAAAAAUCAAAUGCAGCAUUAGAGGACCAACACAAGUUCCGUAUGGUAACUCAAGGCCCUGCUCGAGCAAAGGACAAAAAAGUGUUCUAUGUGUACAGCAUUGGGUGGAAUAAGAACAAGGAUGGCAAAAAAGUGAUGCCAAGCAUGUCAAAAGAAGAGGGAAAAGACUAUGCCUGGCCACAAAUCAGAAAACCUAAUGAGGUGUAUUAUAACUUGUCCUUUGAUAAGGAAGCCAGAGAAGGUGUUGAGGAGACAUCUGAGGAGGACCGACUUCAGCAAAAUUUGUCCUCCACAGCAAACCGACAACACAUACAAUUACUGCUCUCAGAUGAGGAUUCUGUAAAGGAAGUAAGGAAGUACAUUGCAGCUAAAAUCCUCAAAUCAGCCUGUGACAUCCAUGUUUGUUAUGAGAAGCAGGAACUCAGAGAGGAAGAUGUAGUGGGGGAUUUGAGAAAAGAAGAAGGGAAUGCAAAAACAUUCUAUGUAGACCUACUGCUUAUCUAAAAUUCUUAUGGCUGACUUUGACAGAUGCAUGGGAAAAAAAAAAAAUCAACAGAUAAAAUAAAAAUGAAGGAAGUACUCAAAUUUUAUAAUGCAGUUUACAUAGACAAUCAGGAUUUUUGCUAUCUGAUAUGCACAUUAAGUUCCAAGAAGUUUUGUAAAAGAAUUUUGAAUGUGUAAUUUGUUAAACUAUGAACAUGUUCAAUUUUCAAAGGAUAUCUUAUAUAUUUCAUUAACAUUGUAAACUAAAUUUGCCAGGAUUUGUUUAACCUUGGCAUGUUUGAUAACUUUAGUACAAUUUUUUUGUUUUAUACUAGACUCACUUUUUCAUGUCAUUGUACUUGCUGACCUUAUAUACGUGUAUAUGAUACUAUUUAUUUUAUCUUAACUGAUAUAAUUUUAAA